GUGCAGUUCACUAAUACACUGUAUUAAUAGGAUUGUGAGGAGUGAUUUAGCCUCUGAAGCUCCGUUCACGUUUGGUCACAGUCAGGUAUUAGAGCGACGGGGACAGAGAUGAAGGAUCCACAAAAUCCAGUCAUCAACGCGCGGCUAUGGCCAAAGCACAGAAUGUGGAAAAAAUCCAAGGAUCAGACGGUGAAGGCGGACAAACCCGCCGUGCCUUCUCCUUCCUCAGCUGCCAGUGCCGUCCCAAAGCUGACUGAAGCAGAGAGAAUGAAGCAGACCCCCCUGGAAAGGGUGGUUUAUGACAUGGCCCACAACGACAAGGUCGUCAAUGACCUGAUUCUGGGGCGAAGAGUCAGUUUUUAUGAGCUGCGUGGAGAGAUCGGUCAGGGGAACUUCUCUACUGUGAAGCUGGGCAUCCACGCCUUAACUAAAGAGAGAGUCGCCGUUAAAAUCGUGGACAAGACGCGUCUGGAUAAGAAAAGCCAGCCUUUGACCUCGUCCGAGAUCAGCUGCAUGGAGAAGCUGAGCCAUCCCAACAUCGUGCGCCUGUACGAGGUGAUCGACACCACCAGGAAGCUCUACCUGGUCAUGGAGUACGGCAGCGGCGGAGACCUGUUCUCCAGAAUAACCACCAGAGGAAAACUCAAUGACCUGGAGGCCAAACUGGUCUUUGCACAGAUCAUCUCUGCCAUUAAACACAUGCACGACAACCACAUCGUCCACAGAGACCUCAAGCCGGAGAACAUCUUCUACACCACCAGCUACUGCAUCAAAGUUGGAGACUUUGGCUUCAGCACAGAAUCCGGCCCUGACGAGCUCCUCACGCAUUUCUGCGGCUCGCCGCCAUAUGCUGCUCCUGAGCUUUUCAGGCAAAAGGGAUAUGUGGGAUUCUACUCGGAUAUCUGGGCUUUGGGGGUUCUGUUGUUCUUCAUGGUCACGGCGACUUUACCCUUCUAUGGGGAUAACCUGGGGCGGCUGAAGCGCUGCAUCCUGCAGGGAGCUUACACCAUCCCAGCUUAUGUGCCGGAUCCGUGCCAGCUGGUCAUCAAGGGCAUGCUGCGGAUCGUGCCCGCCGAUCGCUCCUCCGUCCCACAGAUUACAAACAGCACUUGGUUAAAGGGGAUCGACUACCCCGGCCCGUAUGAGGUUCUGCCGGGGUCACCCUCACAUUUUGCUCAGCCUGGCAGGGUUCUGAGUCCUGAGGAGCAAGAAGUGAAAAAUCUGAUGGCAACUUUGGGUAUUUUGACAGUAAAUUUACAGAAUAAUCAGUGCCUGGACUCCAAAAACCCGCUUACGGGAACUUACCGAAUCCUGUUGCACCGGGCUCAGAAGAGGAGGUCGGUCCAGGCCGUGGGAUACUCCGUACUUCACCCCGAGGAGUACGAGAGUCCAAGCAAGUGGUGUGAGGCAUCAGUGGACAGAAGUAUUCCCUCUGCUGUGUGUACUAUACUCUGAUGAGGAAAAACUACGGUGGCCCUGAAGUGCAAAUCACAUCAAAAAAUGACUUAAUGCAAAAACUGAAGAAAAAAAACACAGCAAAUGGCAAACUUUACAUUUUAAAACUUAAAACAAACGAAAGUUAUUUUGAGAAAUCAAAAUGAAUUUAAGGAAAAUAAGAAAGCGGGAAAUCUGACAUCACUGAUUGGAUGAUGAGGUUUGAAGAAAGCAAUUCAAUUUCAUUUAUAUAGUCUAAUAUCACAAAAAGAUGGUCUCAUUGGACUUCAUGCUGGUAACUGUACAGAAGCAGAAGGUCGGUCAUGAAAUAUAAACAAUUGCCAACUACUAAAAUAAACAGACUAAAUAAAACUGGUUGUCCCUUUCCUUAGACCCUCCUUCCUGGUAAGGAAACAUUCCUAAAACACCUGAUUCAGGAAAAAUGAAGAAACUUCAGGGAUGUCCACAUGAAAGAGAGAUUCUGGACGGACAGGCGAUUUACCAGGACUAUAAAACAGGAAUUAGCUUAUAAAACUCUACAACUACACAUUUGAAAACAUAGAACUCGGGGACAGGGGCGGGCGAGGUCCAUAGCCAAGACGAGCCAGAGGCAUGGUCCACGGCCAAGAACAGGACCACAAACGAUGGACCUAUCCUGAAAUCUCUCCUACUUCCCCAGAGAUUAGUGGGAAAGAGGAACAACAAGUGAAUCACACUGCACCAAAUUUAAAACAGAAGAUGUUUUACCAGAACUGAGAGGAAGAGUUGAUUGAACAAUCACCAAAUGUUUGCUGUGGCCAGAAGCUUAAAGAAAUGUUGAUAGAUAUCAUCACGCUAAUGAACUUUCUGCUAAAAAGGUGAAUUAACCUCAUCAUCCAAUCGGUGAUGUCCCAUUUCCUGCUCUCUUAUUUUGCUUCAUUUUAUACAACAAAUUCUCACUCCCAAUGUGUCAUAUGGUUCAGACCCCCUCCGUGCCACUUUUUGACAUUCUGGGUGUCCCCAACAUUUUUAAGUGCUGACUGUUCCCAUUAAAUCCGG